AUGUUCUCCAAGAUCGUCAUUGCCGCCCUUGCCCUCCCCUUCGUUGCCCAGCUCGUCGCUGCGGACAACACUUGCACUCGUAACUACACCGUCCAGGAAGGCGAUAUCUGUGACAGCGUCUCUGCUGCUAACAACGUCUCCACGUACCAGUUCGCCGUCGUCAACUACGGCAUCGUCGACGAUGAAUGCAACAACCUGACCCCUGGCCAGUCCUACUGCCUCGGCUGGCAGGGCGAGGACUGCACCAACACCUACGUCGUGCAGGCCAACGAUGAUUGCGACAUGAUCGCCGCCAUUUCCAACGUCAACUCCACCAUUCUGUCCUUGAACAACCCUCAGAUUGACGACAGUUGCUCCAACCUCUACGUUGGCGAGGUCCUCUGCACAUCCGGUUCCGUCCAGGCCCCUGCCGCUCCCUCUGGUUACCCCACCAGCUCCGGUUCCAUCCCCGCUAGCGCGACUCCCGCCAACCCCGAUGAUGACCUUCCCUGGUGCGACGAUGAGGACGAUGAGUAA